CGCGCCCACCAGCCCCACCACGACGGGCACCCCCAGCCCGCCGCACAGCCCGCCCCUCCAGCAACCCUUCCUGCUGCGGGGCCUGUACCGCCCCGAGCCCAUGAUGCACAUGCCGCCCCACCUGCUGCACCACCAGCAGGGUCUGCAGCACGGCCUGCAGCACGGCCUGCACCACCCCAUCCACCACCCCGCCAUGCCCGGCCCGCCCAAGGAGUCCUACCCGCUGUACCCGUGGCUGCUGUCGCGCCACGGACGCAUCUUCCCGCACCACCGCUUCCCCGGAGUGGCGGGACCCGACUUCGCCGGCUUUCUGCUGCACCCGUUCCGAAAGCCGAAGCGCAUCCGCACGGCGUUCAGCCCCAGCCAGCUGCUCAAGCUGGAGCACGCCUUCGAGAACAACCACUACGUCGUCGGCGCGGAGCGGAAGCAGGUGGCGCAGGCCCUGGGGCUGUCCGAGACGCAGGUGAAGGUGUGGUUCCAGAACAGACGCACCAAGCACAAGCGCACGGAGCAGGAGGAGGAGGCCAAGCAGAGAGGCCCCGCCAAGCAGGACAGCUCGUCGUCCUCGUCCUCCUCGUCGUCGGCGACCUGGAAGGAGGACUCGGCGCAGCGGCCCGUGGACCUCAGCGGCCAGGACGACAGCAGCGAGGUGGAGUCCGAGUCGUGAACGAGACCCGGGUCCUCAAGCUCAUCCAAAGAAGACAAGUCCUGUGUUGCCGAUCUUGCCCACCCCGCCGAUCUCCGAAGAGGAUAGUUCUAUUCCUGUGCCAUCGCGCGCGACAAAGACUGUGAUCUAGCGUAGUGAAGAAGAUUGUUGUUAUUUAUAAGUGGCUCGAAUCGAGUUGGAGGUAAAGUCUGUUUAGUACAAAGCACCGGGAAGGUGCAACCAAGCGCAAGUAUAGCAAAACUGAGGGACGAAUCGAGGCGACUUUGUAUCAUAGUGGUGGAGAAUUACUGUGCAAUGUCUCCCGAGGAGACGUCUAGUGUACAUAAUGAAAUUGCCCUGUAAAUUGUGUGACUGUGUAGUCCGUUACACAGACUUGAUUAUUUCCUUUGGUCUCGAAAGCCAUCACUAAGAUAUUAAAUUUGGCUGCGUAUUGCCUUGCAUGGCAAACCAUUAUUCAUUUUAUCUUUUUUUUCUCUUGUCCUUCGUUUACUGUCGCGUUUUAAGAGUUGUUACCAAUUAUUGAAGAUGUCUAUUUAUGAGUGUGUUCUCUCAAAAUAAUAAAUGAUUUAGUACGAA